AAAAAUACAUAAACUAAAACAAAACUAACAACAAAAUAAACAAAGUGAUUAAAGAAAUAAUAGCUAAAAGACAAAUGAAAAAAAAACAACUAAAGUGAGACAACAUACGAAAUAUAAAAAGUUAAAAAGCAGCUAAAUUGUCUGAAUUACUGCACUAAAAUAGGACAAACAAGAAAUUAAGCAAAGUUAUUUAAGAAAUAAUAGCAAAAAGGCAAAUGAAAAAUAAAAACAACUAAAGUGAGACAACAGAUAAGAAAUAUGAAAAGUUAAUAUGUGCAUGAUCAAAUAAGCAGCUGAAUUAGUGUAUUGAAAAGUGAUGCCUAAAGCAAAGUCGAGAAAAGAAGAAUAAAAUAAAGCACGCUGAAAAAGAAAUUUUCUAAAAAACAAAUCAGUUGAAACAACGAGGAUAACAUAAGAAAUAAAAACACAAAGAAAUAAACAUACAGCUGAAUUACUGCACUAAAGUGAAAUAAAUGAAUACAGCAGAGGAAAAAAAAUAAAGCUGAAUAACUAAUAAUGAAACAAACAUAUAAAGGAAUAGAAAAAGCCAUAUCGCACAGCUGAAUUAAUACUUAUGUAUCCAAAUGAAAUAAAAAAGAGAAAAUGAAAUAAAGUGAACUGAACUACUUAAAUAAAAUUAAAACACGGUAAAAAAAAAUAAACAAGCUGGCCGGUUAAAAAUUUUAAAAAUUUUUUGUUACUUAAGAAUACAUAAUUAAAAAUAUACAUAUAUAUUAAUAAAAAUGCCACCCAAAGUUGCUAUAUCAAAUGCCAAUUGUACAAAGUGUAAAAAUCCUCUUAAGCGAACUGAUGAGGUUAUUAAAUGUAGUUUUUGUAAAAAAAGUCUACAUAUGAAUUGUGCAAUUGAAAAUUCACCUGGUUUAAAUCCUGAUGCAGCCAAAUAUGUAAGUAAUAACAGUGAAGAUAUACUAUACAAAUGCAUGUUGUGUAAAUCUAAAAAAGAAAUAAACCUAAGUGAUAUUGCUGAAAAGCUCUGCGAUAUGGAGGCACGUAUUCAAGACAUUCCGGUGCAAAUAUCUGCAGAAAUGUCCACUAAAUUAGAUGACAUUUCCAACAAACUUAACAGCUGUGUGGAAAAAGUUAACACACUAGAAAAAGAAUCCUCUGAAAAAUUUAAGCAAUUGGAAAUGGAGAACAACUCUCUACGUAAACAAAUAAACAGGGCGGACAUAAUUGUUAAUGGAAUACCAACAAAAAUAAAAUCCAAAAAUUUAAUUAAUGUAAUCAUGGGCAUCUGUAAACACUAUAAUAUCGAAUUAAAGGACACGGAAAUUAACACUAUUUGUUGGAUUCAUAAUAAAAAAGCUGUAUUAAUUAAAUUCAACAACAUAGCCAAAAGAGACAUUGUUAUGCGAAAAUAUCAAGAGAAAUAUGAUUUAAAACUAAAUCAAAUUCGUGGAAUAUUUAAAGAUAUUGACGAUAACAAGGAUGAAAACUCAGUCGAAACCACGGAACAUGAAGAUUGUGACAUUGAGGCAAGGGUGUUCCUGAACGAUAAUUUAACUGCAGCGGCAUCAAAACUAAAAUAUCUUGGCAGAAAGCUCAUACGAGAGAAAAAAAUAGAAAGAUUUAAACUACUAAACUAUGAUUACCCAAAAGGAAAAAUUACAUUUAAAAAUGGAUCUGAGAAGAUUCUAACGUUAGAAGAAUGUGGAGCCUUAUUAAAUUAAAUUGUACAUUUAUAUAUUAAUUGAUUAUUUACAUUUCAUAAUAUGUUUAACAUUUUUCUUAUACAUAUUUUUCUCGAUUUCUUUAUAUUAUUUUACUUACAUGUUCCUUACCAUAUUUUUAUCUAAAAUUGUAUUCU